GCGUGUCCGCGUUCACUCGCUCGCUCGCUUGCUUGCUCGUUUCUGCAUGUAGUUGUGUGUUGUUAGAUACACAGAGAGAACUAAUUUCAGUUUUGAGAAUACCGUCGAUCAGUUUAGAUCUGUUUCAUAUUUUCGGCGCAUAUCAUAAAACUUUCAUUUUAGUUUUCUGUGUUGAUCAUUUUUUGUGGGCCAACAUGAUCACGGAAAAUACCUAAGUGAAACUAGUGUUUCUUGCAAGUUUGUUAAAUUCGACAAUUCAAAUCGCAACCAAAAUAAAUUGAAAUCGACAAAACCACGAAGAAAAAACUUAAUUUCCAAAUUUGACCGCCUUUCGUGUUGUGUAUUUAUAGUUAGAAAACAAGCGAAGCGAUCGCUUCCACUUGGAAGAGUCAGUAAAAAGAAAUAUAUACGAUAUAUUUGACGAUUACGAAAUGUAGAAAAUGUGUCAUUCACGAAUAUGAAUGUGGAUUUAUGUGAAAACCAAUUUCAACCGAGAAUAGCUUACAUUUCGUACAUGCAACAGCAAUUUCAUGUGAAAUAUUGUCGUGUGUUUACGUCGAUUCUCUUUUUUUCGCGCUGCGUUUUGUUGUUGUUUUUGUUAAAUUCGCGAUAGUUCUUUGUGGAACUGUUUUUGGAGCUGAAGUCAUAUUCUUGUUUUAAACCAUGAUCAAUAACAAAAUGCUGCCAGAUUAAACGAAUACCAACGAAAAAGGAAGAGAGAAAGAAGAAGCAGAAGAAACAGAGGUAGAAGCACACCUGAAAUGAAACGAUCAUCAUCAUGUCUUGGUCGAUCGGAACGGUUUAUACGAAACCGUGGUUUUGGCGAAAGGGCAACCGAGUGUCAACGGAAAGUGAUUCAAUAGCAAUUAGAAUAGGUAGUAUUGAUGACUGUGAUAAUGAUGGAAAUGUGGCAACGGAAAAGAGAGCGACAUCAUCCACAACAACAACAACAACAACGACGACGACAACGUCGUCAUCAUCGCCGCCGUCGACCAAAAGCAAGGGCAGUUUCUUCAGACCGAGCAUCCGAAAUAAGAAAGCAAAACGGCCCAUUGCCAACAACCGUGUUAAAUCUACCAAUUACACCCUCAUAACAUUUCUACCAAAGAAUUUGUAUGAGCAAUUCAAGCGAAUCGCCAAUUUCUACUUUUUAAUUAUGACCACGCUUGCAAGUGUGAUUGAUAGAUUUGGCGAUAGCCCCGUAUCGAUAUGGACGUCAUUGCUUCCGCUAGUAUUUGUAAUAAGUGUAACGGCGAUUAAACAAGGGUAUGAAGACUAUUUACGUCACAAAGCCGAUAACCUUGUCAACAGAUCUUAUGCAACCGUCAUUCGAAAUGGUGUCGAAAUAGACAUUAAGUGCGAAGAUAUAUUGCGAGGCGAUCUGGUUAAAGCGUCCAGAGACUGCGAUGUUCCAUGUGAUUUAGUACUGUUGAAAACAUCCGAUCCAGAUGGCAAGUGCUAUGUGACGACUGCAAAUUUAGACGGUGAAACCAAUUUGAAGGCACUGUUCGUACCGAAAGGGUUUCCUAACGAUGUUUCCAUUGAAAAACUUCAUGAUAUCGGUUCGAUUGAGUGUGAUCAACCGCUGGCCGAUUUAUAUACAUUUAAUGGUAGAUUAGAAAUUGGGCCAACAUUUUUUUGGCGUCAACAUCAUGAGCCUACAUUUAGCGAUACAUUACGAAGACACCGACGAACUCUGCCACUGACCGCUGAUCAUUUGCUAUUGCGUGGUUCACGUAUUAAAAACACCGAAUGGGCUAUCGGCUGUGCGGUGUAUUGUGGUCAGAAUACAAAACUUGCACUGAACGGAAAAGUUUUUCGGUCAAAAAAUAGCUCCAGCGAACGAUUCAUUGAUCAAUUUUUGAUUUUGUUCGUGCUCGUCAUGAUAACUCUAGUUGCCUCAUGCUGUGGAAUGAAAAUCUAUUAUGACAGUAAGAUGAUAGAUCAUAAUGUGUAUUUGGGUGAUCCGAAAACAAAGGAUCUCCUUUAUAAAUAUAUAGGAGACUUUUUGUCGUUUUUAAUUCUAUUCAACUAUUUAAUACCGAUAUCACUGUAUGUGACCAUUGAGAUGCAUAAAUUCCUUGGCUCAUUGUUUUUGGAAUGGGAUUUGGAUUUGUACGAUGUUGAAAUGAAUCAGCAGUGCCUUGUGAAUACAUCGAAUUUGAACGAUGAGUUGGGACAGGUGAAAAUUUUAUUCUCAGAUAAAACAGGCACGUUAACGAAAAACGAGAUGAUUUUACAGCAAUGCUCAAUCAAUGGCAAAAAAUAUAAGAUCCAAAAUUUCGGUUUGCGUGAAGAGAAUAGCUCGAGUAUUAUGCGUUUACCACAAUAUGAUCCGUAUAUGCGAAACUUUUUUCAAACUCUAACGACGUGUCACACGGUGCAAGUGGCAAAACUGGAGAAAGUCUCCGAAGCUGACGAUGCCGAGAUGAAAGGAUCUUUUGAAAUGGUUGAGUCGUCCGGUUCAUUGGUGGAAAUCGAAGAGGAUGUGAAAAGAAAAGCAGAAACCGAACAAAAUACUAAGCAAAAUGAAGUUUGCUUACCUAGCAAUCCGCUUGAGAAUAUGCCAGCUGUUCAACUUCGGCGAGAGCAUCGUCGAGUGGCAAGUGCAUCGAGUGGCAUUCGCAAAAUAAGCUUCAGCAAAGAGAACAAAAUUGCAAUUCUUGCCAAUUUCCCAGUGGGUGCACGGGAUUUUGCACCAAAAAUACCAUCGCCAUUGACUGUUGAACCUCCGUUCCCAUUCCGACCAGAGAGACUGGAGUACAAACGAACAUUGUCCACGAAAGUGGGAGGGCCACAAGAGCGUAUAACGUUUGGCCAUCGUCGAACGCAGUCGUUGAAUGUACCGCAAAACCAAGUAAAUCAAUUCACGGGAAAGAAUGAACUUCGCAAGAGUAUUUAUAAUCGGAGCUCAACCAAUAUUGCCAAUACGCGUGAAUUCUAUGCGGCACCCGCCUACAACGAAGCCUCUUUGUUGGAACGACAAGAGUCAAUGCGGCUAUCCACCCAUUCCAUUGGGAGUGUGACUGCACAAUUCGAUUACCAAGCAUCAAGCCCAGAUGAAAAGGCAUUAGUUGAAGGAUGCGCUAAAGUUGGUUACAUAUUUACUGGUGAAAAAGGCGGAUACCUCAACAUAAAGCUCCAAAGUCAAAGGCCAACAAAAGGAUUGUCGACCAACGAAAUCAACGUAGAAAGACUGUAUACACUGGAGUUUACUUCAGAUCGCAAACGAAUGAGUACAAUUAUUAAAGAUGGCAAGGGUGAUAUUUGGUUGUAUACAAAAGGUGCUGAAAGUCACGUGUUUCCGCUGUGUUUGAACACAUCGUCACAACAAAACCUAAUGAAACUAACACAACAACAUAUUGAUGAUUUUGCUAAGGUUGGCUUGAGAACAUUAGCGGUUGCUCGGCGAAAAUUGACAUUAGAGGAGUAUAACCAAUUCGAUAUUGAUAUUACAAAUGCGAGCAAUGCACUGGCCAAUCGAAAAACGCAGGUCGAACAAGUACAAGCCAAAAUCGAAAAUAAUUUAGAGUUGCUUGGUGCUACAGCUGUAGAGGAUGCACUGCAGGAUAAAGUCAAAGAUACGAUUGAGUCACUCCGGUAUGCGGGUAUCAUAGUUUGGGUUUUAACCGGAGAUAAAAUUGAAACUGCUUUAAAUAUCGCGAGAUCGUGUGGCCAAAUUCCGGACAGUACGGAAACAUUCAUGAUAACCGAAUGUAAAGAAGAGUAUCAGAUCAAUCAACACAUGGAUAUGCUCGAUGACCAGUUGAUUUUGUUCCCAUAUCGUCCCUAUUCAUUGCUUGUCGAUGGAGCGAGUUUAAGUCUUUUAAUGAAACAUUGUCCAGAACGAUUCCGUGAUUUGGCGAUGAAAUGCCAAGCGGUUCUGUGUUGCCGCCUAAGUCCGUUGCAAAAGUGUCAAGUGGUCAAAUUAAUGAAAACGCUACCCAAUUCACCGGUCACAGCUGCGAUUGGCGACGGUGCAAACGAUGUGUCAAUGAUACGUGAAGCGCAUGUUGGCUUGGGAAUUUUGGGCAAAGAAGGACGACAAGCAGCUCUCUGCUCCGAUUAUUCGUUCACAAAUUUUUACAUGCUCAAAAAAAUACUUCUUGUUCAUGGUCACUUCUUUUCCUAUCGAUUUUCCAUACUGGUCCUGUAUUUCUUCUAUAAAAACCUCGUGUUCAUGCUUAUCCAGGUAUACUUCCAACUACACAACCAAUUCUCCGCACAAACCAUCUACGCCAGCAUAUUUCUAACAUUUUACAAUGUGAUGUACACAUCGAUGCCGAUUUUACUGCUGUCAAUCACAGAGAAACCAUAUCGUGAGGAUCAGCUGCUGAAAAAUCCAUCGUUGUACAUGGAAAACAGUGGCAAUAAGCGUAUCACAUGGAAAUAUUUCUUGGCCUGGAUCACAUUGGCCGUGUUUCAUUCGAUGGUCGUAUACUUCAUCGGUUAUGCAUUUUGGAUGGAAAACAAUAUGAAAACAAAUGAUCUCGAUUCGUUUGGUGCCUUCAUGAUUCACAACGUGGUAUUUGUGGUCACAAUAAAACUGUGGCUUAUUUCACGCUACCGAACAAUUAUAUUCGCUCUAGCUGUGUUUCUAUCAAUUUUUGCAUUUAUGUCAUCGACGAUCGUGUUUAAUUUGCUGCCAUUGCCGGGAUCAUUAUAUAAUGUUUACAAUCAUCUGGUGUUUUCAUAUGAAUUUUGGGUGUAUAAUGUGCUGAUUUGCUUUGCCGCAUUGAUACCCGACCGUGUGAUUACAGCCCUAAAAAUUUUCAAUAUCAAAGUCAGACCGACGGACACUAUUUCCGAUGGCUGGAACCGGCUCUUUAAGGACGCCAAAAAUAGUAGCAUGAAUCAAAGUACGAACAGCAACAGCGAAUCGACUUAUUUGUAAUAUACUUAUCAAUUUACCAGUGACAUAGCUUAUUGACACACCAAUGAUUCAGUUAAGUUACACUCAUGACAGUGCGAACAACAAAACAAAAUGACAAAAACUACUAGCACAAAAUGGCACAAAUUUUACAUUUUUGUCAAGAAUAAAAUUUAGGCAGUUUUAACAAAUCGACAAACCAAUUUCAAUCGCUUCGAUAGGAAUUCUGUACAAUAUUUAAAUUAUAUAUAUAUAUAUGUAUAUUUGUAUGGGGGGACAUUUUUACCACUCUCUGUAUUUUUGUAUGUGAAUUCUACUUACUUAUUAGAUAGGCAAAGCCAUUGAAUGUAUCAAAUAUUUAUUUUGAUUAAAACAUUAAUAACAAAUUGAAUGUAAAGAAAA